GAGUGUUGUGCAUUUAUACUGCACUACAAGUACGGGUACUUGAGUACGAAUGCUCCGUACAAUACCGUACAGUACCGUAUCCACGAGAUGGCACUAAAAAUAGACGUCGAGGACUCGUCCUCGUCCUCAGCCCUGUCAGGAACGGCUUACGCUGCUGGAGACGACAAAAACAACUCUCUCCUUCCCAACUACUCAAUACUACAAAUCCCCCUCGUCAACUUAGGAAAAAAGAAUCAAAAUCCAUUCACGCCCAAACUCCACCAUAGCAACAUCUUCACUUGACGUUCAACUCCCAACAAAGAGCUCUUUAAGGUUGCUAUUCACCCGGUCUUACCCCGUAACAACACAUCAUAACCCCUCAACUCCAGACCCCUCUACAAUCAGAACUCGAACAGAACACCAACCUCCCCUCAAAUCUUCCUUCUCUACAAACACCAACCGCCGAAAUGAGCGCAUCAAAACCAGACGUCAAGGUCGAAUCCACAACCAACGGCGAAGACUGGACAGAUGUCGGCGAAACAGGUCUCUUCAGCCCAGAUCUGAUCUCCCCCGCCGUCGCCUCCAUCCUCCCAGACGCAUACACCAUCCGCCCAAUGCGAAAUUCCGACUACGGCCGUGGCUUCCUCGACUGUCUGCGCGUUCUCACAACCGUGGGCGAUAUCACCGAACCCCAGUGGAACGAGCGAUACGAGUGGAUGAGUACACAGGGAAAAGGUGGAUACUACCUCCUCGUAAUUGACGAUGGCACCCGAAUCGUUGGUACAGGGGCAUUGAUUGUCGAGAGGAAAUUGUGUGUACCCAAACCAACAUUCCUCUCCUGUGGCAUGCGCACAUUUUCGCAACACCAGACUGACACUUUUGGAAUUACCUAGCAUCCACAAACUCGGCCUAGUCGGCCACAUCGAAGACAUCGCCGUCGCCAAAGACCAACAAGGCAAAAAGCUCGGUCUAAAAAUCAUCCAAGCCCUCGACUUCAUCGCCGAGAAGGUCGGCUGUUACAAGACUAUCCUGGAUUGCAGCGAAGCCAACGAGGGAUUCUAUGUCAAGUGCGGCUUCAAGCGGGCAGGACUGGAGAUGGCGCAUUAUUACGAGGCGCCAAAAAGUACAUAAUACUCUAUGUCGAGUGGGAAAUGAAGCACAUAAACGUUGACUGCAUCAUAGAAUCUGUUCUGUAGCGUUGCGUUGCGUUUAGAUGGGAAUAGAGGGUAGGAAUGCCCCGGGCGUUUUUAAUCAUGAUAGAUAGGUGGAAAUAUGAAAACCUGUUCACAGGAAAUUCAAUCUCUCUAAUUAGGUC